AUGAGGCUGGUUUUAUUAUUCAGCCUCCUGUUGGUGUGCCAUGCAAAACCGUACAAGAGGAUCAACGUGAUGGAGCUGAUGAAGCUUCACGACAUCAUGCAGCAGGACAACGACAACAACAUCGACGACGACGACAGUGAUGAAGACGACGACGACGAUGAUGAUGAUAACUUCAUUACAGACUGUCCCUUUGGUUGCCAGUGUUUCCGGCGGGUGGUUCAAUGUUCAGAUCUAGGUCUGACCUCAGUGCCGCGUGACAUUCCAGCAGAUACCAUCAUGAUCGACCUUCAGAACAACGAUAUUACCGAAAUCAAGGAGGACGACUUUAAAAAUCUGGAUAAUCUAUAUGCCCUGUUUCUGGUCAACAACCGCAUAUCGAAGAUCCACCCGAAGGCUUUCCAGAACAUGGACAAACUCCGCCUGCUCUACCUGUCCUAUAACCUCCUGACCCGAGUACCCGAAAAUCUGCCCAAGAACGUUUUCGAGCUCCGGAUCCACGACAAUAAAAUCAGCAGAAUCCAGAAGGGAGCGUUUAGAGGGAUGCAGUCCCUGCACGUUCUGGAAAUGAGCGCCAAUCCUAUUGCUAACAGUGGGAUUGAACUCGGAGCUUUCGAUGACAUGGCAACCCUUUACCUGAGAAUUGCCGAGGCGAAGCUGACAGCGGUGCCCAAAGAUCUUCCAUCGUCUCUGACUGAACUUCAUCUGGACUACAAUAAGAUCGCUAAAGUCGAGGUGGAGGAUUUGAUCAGAUACAAAAAUUUAAAGAGGUUAGGACUUGGAUUUAACCAGAUCAAAUUUGUGGAGGACGGGAGUUUGGCCAACAUCCCCAAAAUCAGAGAGAUUCACCUGGACAACAACUGGCUGAAGAAAGUUCCUCCGGGCUUAAACACGCUCAAGUAUUUACAGGUGUUGUACCUGCACGAGAACAGCAUUAGCAGCGUGGCCGUGAACGACUUCUGCCCGUCCAGAACCAAAACCAAGAAGCUCCUGUACACAGGGAUCAGCCUGUUCGCCAACCCGGUGAGAUACUGGCAGAUCCAGCCGGCCACCUUCCGCUGCGCCUCGGGACACCGCGCCCUUCAGCUCGGCAACAACAGGAGAAAGUGAGCGCCGGGUUCCACCGGGGGGCGCCGCCUCAACACCGAACCGGAUCCCAUCAGUCCGGCCGCAGCUCGUACCGCGACUGACGUGCUGUUUACUUGAAAUGUGUAUCGUGAAGAGAGUUCAGAUAAUCGUCGGGUUUUUCUACUGUAAUCUGACGUGUUUUAAUCCAGAUAUUCAUUAAGAAUCGUGAGUUUAAACCUUCAGGGUCGACACUGAUACCGCUACACAAAUCAUCCGACUGUCCACUGAGGUCUAUAUUCACUCACGCUAGUUUAUUUCUUAUUAUUUCUAAUGUAGUCGUUUUAUAGGAUUUGUUUUACUCCACAUUUUCACUUAAUCCACUCGUAGCCAGUUGGAAUUUAUCCCUCGCUCCCCCACCAGAUCAAAAAGUGCCUCGCCCCUUCAAGACCCACCCCCACUGAUCGCUUCUUUUCACCUAGCCAGGGGCGUGGUCUCACAGAGCGCCCCCUCGUGAUCAGACGCCCCCCAGUGCAGGCGCCUCAAGCUGCGACGAGGAACCCCUGUUCAGCCACGGCCCCGC